AUGACCGUUGAAGAAGUGGCCCAUCUUUUAUGCGUGAAUUUCAAUCAAGAUGCAAAGUCACUGGCUGUUGGUCAUGCUAAUGGUUACAUUCUCUACAAGACAUCGGACGCUCUAGAGUCUUCGGUUCUGUUGGACGAUGCUGAUAAUUCUUCUGCCAUACAUGAGGCGAUUAUCGUCGAAAGGCUGUUCAACUCGUCUCUGGUCGUGAUCGUUUCACAGAAGGAACCCCGUGUAAUGCACAUUUAUCAUUUCAAGAGCAAAAAUAUGAUAUGUGAUUAUAAGUUCACAAAGUCCGUACUGAACGUGAAACUAAAUCGAGAUAGAGUUGUUGUCUGUGUGGAAGACUCCAUAU